AUGCUCACUCUCCUCCCUGACAAUUUCAUGCUCGAGGAAGUGACAUCAAAUGACUUGAUCAUUGCGUCUCUUGCCUGGGGCUUCACCCUGGGCAUCGGCUGGCUGACGGCAUGGUCAGCCAUCCAGCAGACCACCAGUGCCUACCGCCGACGCGGGUUCGCUCUGCUACGUAAUCCAUACAUCUGGAUGAUCUGGGGCGAGAUAGCCGUUUGUCUUGGGUUUGGCAUCAUCUGCUUCAUGUACAUUUUGGGGGUAGUUCCGCCUAGCUUCGCCUUCUACUUUUGCAUCCUUACUUUGUGGGCGCUGCAGGUUCAGUUUCUCCUACAAAUUAUUGUCAACCGAUGUGCAAUCCUUAUGCACGACCGGACUUUCGUCUGGCGACUCAAAUAUGGCGUCGCAGCUUUCAUCACGGCCAUCAACAUUUCCGUCUACUGUAUCUGGAUUCCUGCCCGAUUACAAAUUUCCGACUCGUACAUACACAUCAACGAGAUAUGGGAUCGCUGUGAAAAGGUCAUCUACCUCCUCGUUGACGCUGCUCUCAACUUUCUCUUCAUCCGCAUCGUCAGACGAAAUUUGGUAGAAUUGGGACUCAGCAAGUACGACAAUCUGGUCAAGUUCAACAUGUUCAUCAUUGUGUUCUCUCUGAGCAUGGAUGUUCUCAUUGUCGCCAUGAUGAGCUUGGACAACACCUUUGUGUACAUGCAGUUUCACCCGCUCGCUUACAUCGUCAAACUCAAUAUCGAAAUGUCAAUGGCCAGUCUCAUCGCCAAGAUUGCUCGACAAUCGGGGCAUGCUCACGGAUCCGACUACAAUACCGCAUCUAGAUCCCGCGGAACCCGAGCUGGCGAGACAACUUUGGCUAACAAAACUCAAGAUGGAGAACGCCCCAGAUCGAAGGCCUGGCCGACUGUUACUACCACUGUGGAAAUGCACGUCAUGGAUGCAAAAGCGGCUCCGGGAACAAAGGCACCACAUGGGUUCAAUCAUAACGACACCGACAUGCUACUCGAUGAAGCACCCUAUUCUGUACAAAUUCAGGGCGCCUAUGCCGACUCGUCCGGGGUUUCUAGACAGGGCGUAGAGGGUUCGGUUAGCAGUCGUGGCUCCAAUGGUUUGGAUCCUGUGCCGUAA